AUGGCUGCCACCGCUGUGCGAAGCCUGUCGGUCCCUGCAGCCGUAUCGGCCAGCGAUGCCGCGUCCAGGAAGGCGUUUUCCGGCGAGAAAGUUGCGGGAUUUGCGCAGUCAGGGCUGAAAGGCAAGGCCUUGAGAUGCGAGUCUAAGAAGGUCGCGGUGCGCGCAGCCAAGAAAGCUGCCGUUUCCGCCGUUCUCGCCGAAGCCACACCACAGCAGUCUGUGGCAAGGACAAAGCGCGCCGAUCCCAAGUCGGUCGUCUCGGUGAUUCUCGGUGGAGGUGCAGGCACGCGUCUCUUCCCUCUCACCAAGACCCGCGCCAAGCCCGCGGUGCCCAUCGGCGGCGCGUACCGGCUGAUCGACGUGCCGAUGAGCAACUGCAUCAACAGCGGCAUCAACAAGGUGUACAUCCUCACGCAGUUCAACUCCGCCUCGCUCAACCGUCACUUGGCGCGCACCUACAACUUCGGCAACGGCGUCAACUUUGGCGACGGAUUCGUCGAGGCUCUUGCGGCCACCCAGACCCCUGCGACGGGCUCCAACUGGUUUCAAGGAACCGCCGAUGCCGUGCGGCAGUUCUCCUGGCUCUUCGAGGAUGUGAAGAACAAGCACGUGGAGGAUGUGGUCAUUCUGUCCGGCGACCAUCUCUAUCGCAUGGACUACAUGGACUUCGUGCAGAAGCACAAGGACACCAACGCCGACAUCACCAUCUCCGUUCUGCCCAUGGACGACAGCCGCGCGUCCGACUUCGGGUUGAUGAAGAUCGACGAGUCCGGCCGCGUCGUCAGCUUUGCAGAGAAGCCCAAGGGUGCCGACCUCAAGGCCAUGGAGGUGGACACGUCGAUUCUCGGCAUUUCCAAGGAGGAGGCGGCAAAGUUCCCCUACAUUGCGUCAAUGGGCAUCUACGUCUUCAAGAAGGACAUCCUGCUCAAGCUCCUCAGGUGGCGCUUCCCCACGUCCAACGACUUCGGCGGAGAGAUCAUCCCCGCGUCGGCCGCCGAGUACAACGUGCAGGCAUACCUGUUCGGCGGGUACUGGGAGGACAUCGGAACCAUCAAGUCCUUCUUUGACGCCAACCUCAACCUCACCGACACUGACGCCAAGUUCAGGUUCUACGACGCGGCCAACCCCAUCUACACGUCGCCGCGCUACCUGCCGCCCACGCAGAUUGAACGCUGCCAGGUGAAGCGGUCGAUUAUCUCACACGGGUGCUUCCUGCGCGACUGCACGGUGGACCACUGCAUCGUGGGCAUCCGUUCCAGACUCGAGAACGGCGUCAUUCUCAAGGACACCAUGGUGGUGGGGGCUGACUUUUACGAGACGGACGCGGAGAGGGCCGCGCUGCUGGCCGCAGGCAAGGUGCCAGUGGGCAUUGGCGCCAACACGAUCAUCAGCAACGCCAUUGUGGACAAGAACGCACGCAUCGGACAGAAUGUUAUCCUGGAGAACAAGGACCAUGUGGAGGAGGCAGAUCGGUCAACGGACGGCUUCUACAUUCGCUCGGGCAUCACAGUGGUGCUCAAGAACGCUACCAUUGCCGAUGGCACCGUCAUCUAA